AACUCGACGGACAUGAAUGAGAUCGAGGAACACUGGAGCAACAAUUUUCUGUAUGUUGGGGCGAUUAGGAAACGGUAUAUCUACAAACCGGCAAAAACGCAACAGUUCAGAUUCGAGAACUAAUUCUUCGUCAGUGAUUCUCCCGGGAGAUUGAAAUCGAGCAGUGCCGACCCCGGAAAAAAUGACGCCCGUUGUGCGAGUUGCCGGGAGUAUUCUCGGCCGCGAUCGACUUCUCACGGCGGUUAUCGCCGGAGCCUCCAGCCUUUCGUUCGUGGGAUCGGGAUUCAUAGUGCUCUGUUACGUCCUCUUCAAAGAACUUCGCAAGUUCUCCUACAAGCUCGUCUUCUAUCUUGCCCUAUCCGAUAUGCUUUGCAGUUUCUUCACUAUGAUUGGGGAUCCGGCAACUGGAUUUUACUGUUAUACUCAGGGCUAUAGCACUCAUUUCUUUUGUGUGGCAUCGUUCUUGUGGACCACAACGAUUGCAUUCACCCUUCACCGUACAGUUGUUAGACACAAAACCGACGUUGAAGAUUUGGAGGCUAUGUUUCACUUGUAUGUAUGGGGGACGUCGUUAGUGUUGACUGUUAUACGUUCAAUUGGUAAUAACCAUGGACAUUUGGGUACCUGGUGUUGGGCACAGUCAAGUCGUACAGGAAAGGCUGUUCACUUUAUAACAUUUUACAUGCCACUCUGGGGUGCAAUUCUCUACAAUGGCUUUACUUACCUUCAAGUGAUACGCAUGCUUAAUAAUGCUACCCGUAUGGCAGUUGGCAUCUCAGAUAGGGCUUACCAGUCGGAUGCAAGAGCAGACAUGAAGGCUUUAAACAGAUGGGGAUAUUAUCCGCUCAUCCUCAUAGGGUCAUGGGCUUUUGGUACAAUCAACCGUAUCCAUGAUUUUAUUGAGCCAGGUCAUAAAAUCUUUUGGCUGUCGGUUCUUGAUGUUGGGAUGGCUUCUCUAAUGGGCUUGUUCAAUUCAAUAGCAUAUGGUUUUAAUUCUUCAGUGCGACGGGCAAUUUAUGAAAGAAUAGACCUAGAUAGAAGCAGAAGUCGUGGUUUUAUUAAAUAUUGUGAAGUUGGCAAAAUUCUAUUGAGCAUCUGGAAGAACUUCAUCGUGGGACUACUUUACUGUCACGAGACUUGGGGCUUCAGUGACAGAUAAGUUCAAAGAAGUGAAUCGAGAAAACUUUGCUUAUGCAAUUUCCUUAGUCUUGAGUCCCUGAUAUAAUGUUUAUUUGUCCAAGGACCAAGCCUCCGUGGUCCAUUUGGUCUCAGAUAAACAUUCUUUUGAGUGAUUGCUUGUUUUGGCAUAUCUUAAGCAGGUUUUGGCCUGAGAAGCUACGAAGAUGGCUCCCCAGCAAUUCAAGGUUCCGAAACCAACAACAAGAGGGUGAACUGGUUUCCUUGAAAAGUCUGGAUCAGCCAUAGUAAAUUAGUCAACGGACAUGCCUCCAUCGGCUAGCCUUCCAUUACAAGAUUUAUUUCCUCCAUUUUCUUUGGAGGCCAUGUAUAUAGGAGCCCAGCAAUUCAUUGUCCGUGUAGGGUAACGACCAUCCAUUCAGUUGAUGUGAUUAUCAUGACCUCCUGUUUUCCGCGGGUACUGACUCUUCACUGUUCUCUGAUUGAUGAUAUGAUAGAGAAUUUGGCAGUCUCUCUCAAGUGGUGAUCAGGGAUGGAAAAUCGUGGAAUAUAAAGCCUUUGGAUACUGAAUCUGUAGAUUGUAGAAAAAGAUUGAGCUGCCUAAUCAAAAUUCCUGUAUGAAGCUUUAUGCGCCGUUCAUUAUCACUUUAUCAUUGCUAAGCGUUCACGCAGCUUUAAUAUUAUAUUAUUACACAUCAUAGAAUGAUGCUCCUCACUUUUUUGCAUGUUUCUACUUUAAUACGACAGUUUCUUUCUUUCUUUCUUUCUUUUUUAUUGCACCAGGUCACUGGUCUAUUUGCGCCAAAUGCUUUGAAAAUUUUGUGUGGUUACGUUUAGUGAUGAAUAUUGUGUUCCAAAACUCUGAGUUGGCAGCUUAAUUUUAUCUCUUAUCAUGUACUGUGUUGUUUAAUUUAGUGCGUUUCGUUUGUGGCUUCUGAAUAAUUCCAAUUUCCAUAAAAAGCACAUAUCAGUAUCACCAAUCCCAGAUGAUUUGCAAGGUUGAUAGGUGAGGCCGCCGCAACUGCAGCACAUGCUUUGGCCAUUCAGUCUGGAUAGGAUGGUGGUCUCUAUCAAUGGUGGCGAAUGGCGGUUGCUUCCCAUUGCAGAUAAGGAUGAGGUGGAAGCUGCCGUUUCUUUACAGAUAAGCCAUCUUCACUCUGAAAUUAAAUUCUCGUCAUUGUAUGGACACGUCUUAGGAGGGGUUUUGAAAUAGCUAAAAUCAAUUCUCAUUAUCAAAAUCAAUCUAAUAUCACGUAGAUUCCUCUUGGUAAUAAUUUAUUUUUCCGUUUUUAAAUAACUUGCAUCUUUCAUUAAUACAAUGCUUGAAUUCAUAGUUAAAUUUUAAAAAUAAAACAAGUUUUUAAAAGCUACUUUUUUUACUUUUCAAAUUUUAACUUGUUUUUAUAAAUAACUGAUAAAAUGUAGAUGACAAGUUUAGAGGUGGAAGUUGUAUGUAUAUGCUAAUUUUCAAAAACAAAAAAUAGAAAACCAAAUGGUUAUCAAUUGGAACCUUAAUUAAUUAUUCAAAAUUAAUUUAAUAUUUAAUUUUAAUUUAAGUGCCGUUUGUAUAUCAUCAAGAUUGGUUUUGAUUGGUAAAAAAAUAUGUUUAAAUGAUUUUAAAUUUUUUUAGAAAAACUGAUUUCAACUAUUUUAGAAUUGAAUCUACAUUUAAAAAAAAUAUUAUAUUGGCAAAUCAUGUCUUUUGGGGUUUGUUUUGGGUUACAGCCUCCCAUAAUGAUGUUAUUUUAAAGAAAGUCACCUGUCUUCAUCUAUGUUUUCAUGUUUUCUUAUUAAAUUUGAUCUAAAAUUUAUCCAUUCGUAUUCAUUUUACCUUGGAACUUUCAGUUUCAUCAAAUUGCAUUUUAAACUUAGAUAAGAAUUGUAAUAUUAUUUCUAAAUUUUAAAGAAUGUUGUAAUUUUAACCCUCUAUUUAGUUUUUAUUUCAAAUAUCAUUAAAAAAAAUUCUCUUAUAUGUUUGAUGGAUUAUAAAACAUGUAUCCAAUAUGAAAGUGACGAAACUUUAGAGAAAAUGAUAUUAGAGCUAAUUUUUAGUUUAAAUUUAUGAACUUUGGCAAAGUGAUCCGAUGGUUAAUUUGUACGUUGAUCAAAUUAUUUGUGUGAAUUUAUUUUAUUGAAGUUAACAAGUUAAAGAAGAUUUCUAUGCGAUUUUUUAAAAAAAUUAUUGGGCAUAUUAGCUGAAAUUGAAUCAACUGAAAAAUUGCAACACUUGUUUAUGUUUAAGGUUUCGUUGGAAUUAAAAAUUUAGAAUCUAAAUUGAUACAACUUGAUAAGUUUGGGUCUAAUUGCUAAACGAUCUUCCUAAAAUUUUAAAUUUUAAAAAAACAUUAGCUAAACAUACCUUUUGUAAUAAAUUCCUUCAAAAAUAUCUCGCCAAGGAUUCUAGAGUUUUCAAUUUUAUUAUGGGUAUUCAACUCUUUUCUUUCCACGUGUUUUUUUUAAUCCGCGCCUGGCCGAUUAGAGUUAGAUGUAACUAAUAAAACAGAACAAUUCAUAACUAAAAUUUCAUGGUAAGCACGUCAAACAAAAUCAACGCCAUAAGAUAUUAUGUUUCUUUCUUAAAAAAAAAAAUAAUCGGACAAGUGAUUACGUUUGAAAAAUGUUAUAAAUUGAAAUUAACUUUGAAAAGCUAUUCAAAAUUCACUGUUUUCUUCUUCUUUUUUUUUUUUCCCUGAUUGACAAGGUACAAGAGGCCUAUAUGGAAAUUUCGACUGCGUAACAGCUUUAAAAUAUUCGAUUAUUGAUAUUAUUGUUGUUGUUGACUUUUGAGUGUAGGUGAAAAAAAUUUCAAUUGAAAUCUUACCUGUAGAUGAGAAAUUUGAGAGUAGUAGCAGUUGCUAUAUAGUACGCAAACUUGAGAUGACAACUAAUGAUUGGGGAAAAGAAUAAUUAUGCUGUAAACCAACUCUUUCCACACGUCGCACUACGGAGAGAUUUGACACAG